GGUCAUUCGUGAAUCUUGUUUCGUUUGGUGCAAAACAAAACUUCAAAAGUGCUUUUAUCGGCAAAAAGAAAUUCAAUUUAAAGAAUAAAAUCCGAACAAAUCACUCAAGAGCUGAUAAAAAUCUAAUAAAUUUAUUCAAACAAAUAAUAUAAUUAAAUAAAUGACAUUAAAAAAGUGCAAAUUCAAACCGAAAAAAGAAAAAAACCAGUCGCACACACAAAAGCGGCUCGUGAAGAAAAUUUGUAACCUUUUUUGACAUUGAACAAAAAGAGGCAGGCAGACAUUAAACAAAGCAGAAGACACAAACGGGCAAAACGGAAGACAGACAAGAAAAAUAAAAGUGGCACAUUCGCUAAAUAAAAAAAAUUCAUAUACAGUGAAGAAAAUUAGUGAUUUUCACAAAAACAACAAGUAGCUUUAUAAUAAAAAAUUCAUACGGUGUAUUUAAUAAAUUAAGAAAAUUAAAGUUCUUGACGACAUAUUUAUUAAUAAAAUAUAAACUUCAACUUAAUUAAAGCAAGAGAAUAAAUUGAUAAAAGAAUUUCAGUUGUAAAUUUUGUCCGGCAACAUCAAAAUACCACCAAUACAAAUGGCUAAAGACGAAGAAGAUGAUUUAUUGCCCGAUAAGGAUGCCGCCAAGGGUUUCUAUGCUAAAUAUGAGCCCAAAGAAAUAUUGGGAAGAGGUAUUAGUUCUACCGUGCGUAGAUGUAUUGAAAAGGAGACGGGCAAAGAGUUUGCCGCCAAAAUUAUUGAUUUAGGGGCAGGCACGGAAACGGGUGAUACUAAUCCCUAUCAUAUGCUAGAAGCCACCAGACAAGAAAUCUCAAUACUCAGACAAGUUAUGGGACAUCCCUAUAUAAUUGACCUACAAGAUGUUUUUGAAUCGGAUGCUUUUGUAUUUUUGGUUUUUGAACUGUGUCCCAAGGGUGAAUUAUUCGAUUACCUGACAUCGGUGGUAACAUUGUCAGAGAAAAAGACCCGCACCAUUAUGAGGCAAAUAUUUGAGGGUGUUGAAUAUAUACACUCGAAAAAUAUUGUACAUAGAGACUUAAAACCUGAAAAUAUUUUAUUAGAUGAAAAUCAUAAUGUUAAAAUAACCGAUUUCGGUUUUGCGAGACAGCUAAAAGAAGGCGAAAAAUUAAUGGAUCUUUGUGGUACCCCCGGUUAUUUGGCUCCCGAAACGCUUAAAUGUAAUAUGUUUGAGGGAAGUCCUGGUUAUGGCCGUGAAGUUGAUAUCUGGGCCUGUGGUGUUGUUAUGUUUACUUUAUUGGUAGGCUGUCCUCCCUUUUGGCAUCGCAAACAAAUGGUUAUGCUGCGUAAUAUUAUGGAAGGCAAAUAUAGUUUUACAUCACCAGAAUGGGCUGAUAUAUCGGAGGAUCCCAAAGAUCUUAUACGUAAAUGUCUAGUCGUCGAUCCAGCUCAAAGAAUAACAGUCCAGGAAGUAUUACAUCAUCCAUUCUUCAAUCAAAUGGUUUUAUUGCCUGAACCCUCGUUAGAUGGACAAAAAACUACUUAUCAUUUGCGUCAACAAAGCAUACACACAUCGAGACAAUAUUCCAAAUUUUAUCAAACAAACAAAAAUAAUUCCACUAACAACAAUAAUCUAAUAAACUCACAACAGCAAUAUCAUGGACAAUCGGCACAUAGUUCCUCAAUCUUCCUAACACCGGCUGGUCCGGCUAAUAGUAAUAAUCAAUCUCAACCAAAUCAACAAAAUAACUCCUUGUCUCAAAUUGAAAGUAUGUUUUGUGCCUCACAAGUUAAUCCAUCAUCCAACAACUUCAACUGCCAUAGUACAGCCACAUCUAUUACAAAUGGCAAUUUUAUGGAUUAUAAUAAUGGCCCAGCAGAACGCACAACAUCGGGAUAUUAUAAUAAUAAUAUGGGCAAUAAUACUACUACUACUCAACAAAAUCAGCCUCAAAAUCAACAACAUCAUCAUCCUGCAAUGUCUCAUCACCAAUUAUCCUCCUCUCAAAUGUCUAAUUGUUCUGUACCAAUAACACCAUCUGAUUUUAUAUAUCCCCAGCUACGCAAAUCGUGUCGUUUUAAUGCCCGCAAGAAAUUCCAAUUUGCCAUAUUAGUGGUGAGAGCUGUAAUACGUAUUAGAAGACUACGUUAUACCGCAGAACCUCUACAUUGCGAAGAGGCUAUACGUGAUCCUUAUAGAGUUAAAGUAUUGCGUAAAGUUAUUGAUGGCUGUGCCUUUAGAGUGUAUGGCCAUUGGGUUAAGAAGGGUGAGGGUCAAAAUCGUGCCGCCCUGUUCGAAAAUACACCGCGUACUGAAUUACAUGCUUUGUAUAUUAACAAUUUAAGUCGAUAGUUAGUUUCCUAUAUAUAUAUAUUAACUAUAUAAUUACUUUAUAUAAAUAUUAUUUUAAAAUCAAUUUAUUAGUUUUGUUUAGUUUUUAAGACUUUUAACCGGCAUACAACAAUCUCUACACCCCCUCUCCCCCUUCUCACACAACAUGUUUGUUAAUUGCAUACAAAAACAGACCUUUUUAUUAUUUUAUUAACUCGUUUUGUUUUUAAAUUUAUAAGUCCUUUAACUAUUUAAAUCAUCUUUAAAGUAAAAAGAAAACCCUGUUUAUAUGUAAUGUAAUAAAACAAAAUUUUGUGCUUAGUAGUAGGUUAACGAAAUAAUAAACACAAUGAAUAUAUAAAUUGUUAAUUAAUGUUAAAAAAAAAUGUAUUAGAAAUUCUCUAAUCUAAACCCCCAUUGAACAAAUCGUAUUGUUAUUAAGUUAAUGUUGCUUUAUUAUUAUUAUUUCUUAAUAUCGCUUUAUUGCUGUUUUUUUUUUUAGUUUUUAAAACUAUUCAUUUUAUUGAAAUAUAGUUUAUAUGCUAUAUCAAUUUUAUUAGUCGUUUAAUUUAGUAAUUUGGCUAAUUAAUUGUAGCCCAAUUAGUUUUGAAUCAUAUCAAAAUUAUCGAAAAUCGAGAGUAGUCCUUUUAUCAUUAAACUCUUAUUAUUUUUGUUAAAUUGUUAGUUUUAAGUUGAAAAGAAAAAUUUAGUUUAAAAAUAAAAUCCCAUUAAGAAAAAUCUAUUUAUUAAUAACAAAAUAAAGAUUUCUUUGUUGAUAACACUAAAAGCAAAAAAAAAAAAACAA